AUGGACCCGGUGGCCCACCUGGGCCUGCUGAAAAUGGACUUCCUCGGGCUGACCAGCCUGACGAUCCUGGACCAGGCGGUCAAGCUGGUGCGGGAGAGUCUCGGGGUCGAGAUCGACCUGCAAGCACUGCCGCUGGACGACGGGCCCACGUACGAGCUGCUGUCAUCAGGCAACACCACGGACGUUUUCCAGCUGGAAAGCGCGGGAUGCAGCGGUACAUCGAAAAGCUGA